UCUGGUGUGCCCGGAUUCCAAAAAGGUCUGUUAGAUUACCACAGUCAACUCAUCCAGCUGGCACGCCGAAUGACAUGGAUCAUUGCACUUGCGCUCCAUCUUUUCCAAAACUCUUUCGACGACUACGUUAAAUGACCGGAAGCCGGGAUGCGCAUGCGCAUCCUUCAUUACCCGCAGCAAGACCACUCCGCAGACGACCAGGCCGGGCUAGGCGCCCACACUGACUUCGGGUGCUUCACCAUCGUCUAGCAAGACAAAAUGGCGGGCUCGAGGUGCUGAACAAGGCUGGAAAAUGGAUCAAAGCAAAGUCAGUGCCGGGGUCGUUCGUGGUUAAUAUCCGCGACUGUUUCAUGCGGCAGACAAACGAUUUCUUCAUCUCGACUGUGCACAAAGUUCAAAAAAGCGACACGGAAAGAUACUCUGCGCCUUUAUUUUGGGGCUUUGAUCGUGGCAAGUUGCUUGGGCCUGUUGCGACGUGCGUCAGCGAGGACAAUCCUAUGAAGUAUCCUGUCGUGACGGGGGGUGAGUACUACCGGUGAAGGGCGAAAAAUCUAAAGGAGACGAGCUCAAGUCACAUAGCUAGCGUGGAGCUCAACGUCGUUGUCUAUUCCACGUCGAAGGGAAAUUUAUCACAGCACAGCUCAUCAUCUUUUACGAUAACAGCAUCAAGAUCCCGGUCCCGCUUCUCCGCUCGUGACUAAUACCAAGUAGCAGUCGCACCGCAUGUGAUACCGUCGGAUGACGUUCCGUUCUUGGCGCGCCAAAGAGGAGACGCCAAGAACGAUCCUCCGCCCAAGGAACCGCUGGCAGGGACC